AUGGCUCAAGAGACAAACCAGACUCCAGGGCCCAUGCUGUGUCGUACAGGAUGUGGAUUUUAUGGAAAUCUUAGGACAAAUGGGAUGUGUUCGGUUUGCUAUAAAGAACAUCUUCAGCGACAGCAGAAUAGUGGUAGAAUCAGCCCAAUGGGAACGACCAGUGUUUCUAACAGUCCUGCCUCGGACUCUGCAUCUAUACAAAGAGCAGACAUUAGCUUAAACAAGUGUCAGGGUGCUGCUGGCAGCACAUUUGAAAAGUCAAGAAAUGUACCUGUUGCUGCUUUGCCUGUAACACAGCAAAUGACAGAAAUGAGCAUUUCGAGAGAGGAAAAAUUAACACCGAAAACAGAAACUGAACCAGUUGUUACUCAACCGAGCCCGUCAGUUUCUCAGCCUGGUAUCUCACAGAAUGAAGAGAGAGCUCCUGAGCUGCCCAAAGUAAAGAAGAACAGAUGUUUCAUGUGCAGAAAGAAGGUUGGCCUUACAGGAUUUGACUGCCGAUGUGGAAACUUGUUUUGUGGACUUCACCGUUAUUCUGACAAGCAUAACUGUCCAUAUGAUUACAAAGCAGCAGCUGCAGCAAAAAUCAGGAAAGAGAACCCAAUUGUGAUGGCUGAAAAAAUCCAGAGAAUAUAA